UUUUGUUUGCUUUUGAAAAGUUCUUCCGACUUUUUUACCACUCGUCUUUUUCUCUUUUUGUUUUCGAGUAUUGGUAACAGGAUUUGGAUCCCAGCACGUAUAGCCCAGAGAGUUUUUAAAUUUAUAUCUUGAAUGAACUUAUCAUGUAAUAAUGACUUUUAUAUGCACUUUACUGUGAUAAUUUAGUCUGAGUGUUCUUGAUUCUGUUGAUUUAAUUGAGCGUUCUGUGUUGAGAUUAAUUAAUUUUUAUACAAAACUCACUGCUUUCUAUUAUUAAUUAGCCGAUUCUAUAUGGUUCUUUAAUAAGUGAUUCUGGAGGGGCCAGACCUCGGCACCUGGUCAAUCACCGAGGAGCUGACAUGAUAUUCAUUGUAUGCAUAACUGUUAGAAUAGUUGGGCCUUUUUUUUUUCUUUUGGUUUUUGGCUUUUUCCAGUUUGAACUCAACCUUUUUCUCUUUAUUAUCAUUAAAAUAGAUUCUCCUGUUUUGCUUUAGAACAAUUGAGAUAUUACACUAUCUGAAGAUAAUAUAUAGGAAUUUUCAAUGGGUUACAGUCACAGCUGAUGAUCCAUUUCUUGGAAUGACUUUUGUUCUUCACUCUGUUUUAGCAUCAAAGUGGCUAUGAUGUUGUUCUGUGCAAAGUUUAUGUUUGCUUAGGGAUAGCUCUUAGCUGCUGACUGUCGUGUGCUCAUGCUAUCUUUCACGAAGUUUAAUUCUUUUGAAGGUCCUUUGCCUCCAUGAUUUUUGUAAACUGAGAAACUGGAAAGUGGUCUUCAUUUACCAUUCAAUGACAAGCCCAAAUUGUGUUCCAGAAUCUCUCGAAUGCAAUUACAGUAAGUUGCAACAUCGGGUCAUGAGUAACUAUCCAAUUGGUCUCUCUUGUCAAGAGAAGAUAAACCAGGAGGAUUCAUCUCAAUCUUCAUGUUUCUCUAGUGAUGGGAAUAGUUGCAUGACUACAAAGAUUAAUGGCUCGUCUGUGGGUUGUUCUGUGGAUAAUGCUGAUGGCAUUAGUGCAUUUGCUGCACCAUCCAAUAUGAAACCCUUAUUCUCAUAUGUGGACAAAAGUGUCAUGGAAUGUCAAAUGUCAAAAACGAUAGUUUAUGACAAAGAAAUUAAUGUCAAUGAAGUGAAGGAUAUCUGCAUUGAUGAAGGGGUGACUUCUUUGGACAAUUACUUCUUUAGGAGUAAGGACGAGAAGUCGAUCUGCAAAAUCGUGCCUCUGGAGAAAGAUCAAACCAAAGGAUCUGUAAAAGAACAAGAGAAUUCUUCUGAGAUGUCCAAAUCCAUAGCAGAUUAUCAAAAGGUUUCUUUAGAAGAUCACUUUGCCAUGGACUGGGCUACUCAUAAUGAUGCGAAGGAAACAAAAUCCAAUCCGAGUGAGCCGAAAGUUUCGAUGCAAAAGCUAGUUAAGAAAGGUUACUCUUCCGAAUCUUUCGACAACAAAGGUGUCCAGAUAUCUGGUGAAAAAGAAAAGUCGGAUGAUCCCGAUUCGGCUUCCAAGUCUGUUGAAUCUUGCAAUAGCAAUUCUGCUCUGGGUUCUACAGCAGAACCACCAAAAGAUGUCAACCGAACACAUCAGUCAGCUUAUAACAAUGAAUCUGAGAAUGGAAGUAUUGCAUUUAAUUUCAAUCCGAUCUCUCCCGUGGCCAAUGGUGCAGAAGAACAUCAUGGAAAUACCAACUUAAACAAUCCUGCACCCAUAACCAGCAGUGCAGGGACACAGGAGUGGCGUGGAAGCGAUUCGGGAACACAAGUUUCAACCAAUCUGGAAUGUAGAACAUCAGAUAGUCGACUAGUUUCAAGUCAGUCCACAUAUGACAUUGGCGAGUCUAGUUUCUCUGCUGCAGAUCCAUUAGCUAGUCUUAUUACUUACUCGGGGCCUGGAAGCGUCUCUCUUCGAUCGGAAAGUAGCACAACAAGCACACGUUCUUUUGCCUUUCCCAUAUUGCAGUCUGAAUGGAAUAGCAGCCCGGUUAAAAUGGUAAAAGCUGAACGGAGGCAUUACCGUAAGUAUAGAGGUUGGAGGGAGGGCCUUCUAUGUUGCAGAUUUUGAUUGGUUUGUUGCUAUCUCUCGAGUAAGAUUCUGUUUGUGCAUCAUCCAAAUUUAUUUUUACACACAUGUAAGUAGAUGUAUUAUUUACUGGAGGCUGUGCACUUCAUUCAUAGUUAUUCUUUACAGUUUGGCCUAUUAUGUGAAAUUUAAGGUAUUAGUAUACCUUAUCUCUCUCUCUCUUUUUCUCCCUGAAAAAUUCACCAGUCGGCCAUGUUUCUCCUAUGCUUGUAAACCAUGGUUCCUUCUUGUUACCAAUCACUCAUUUGUAGGGCUCUUUGAUUUAUACAAGGAUGGUAUGACAUGGUUGGCCAUGAAAAUGGAUAGAAGUUUUCUUGUUCUUC